AUGGCUGAAACAGGAUUCUGUCCUGCCCAUGGCUCCAAAGAUGUUGCUUCUUGUCUGCUUCCAAAAAAGAAUGGAAACUUUAGCCAGUAUGAGUUUAUCUCAGACCACAGAGUGAAUAUGACUGGUAAAGAUGACAGAUUGUAUGCCAUGUCGGAUAAACUGUGCACUGGAGAGGAGAAAUUAGAGAAGCUUAACAAUACCUACCUGGAUGUGUCUCAGCUGAGAAUUACAAACAAUGUCAGACAAGCUGUGUAUGCUAUGGCUUAUGCCUUGGAUCAUCUAAUUUCUCUUUUGUUAACAGAGUUUCGACAUUUUAUCUUGAGAAUUAAAAUUUCACACAUUGCUUCUGUCUGCCACUGCUUUGCUUUCUGGCUCAUGUUUUAUUUGAAGACAGUCAUGUUCACAACCCAUGAUGGAAGGAAAAUAAAAUUUGACACAAAUGGCGAUGUGGUGGGAUACUAUGAUAUUCUAAAUUGGCAACUAGAUGAUAGAGACAUUGCCUUUGUGAAGGUUGGACAAUAUGUCUUUACAAAGUCUAAGUAUGAAUUCAUCAUCAGCAAUAAUUCAGCAAUAUUUUGGAAUACUGCAUCAUCAAAGAUUCCCCACUCCAUGUGUACUGAACUCUGUCCUCCUGGGACCUGGAAGGGGAUUCGUCAAAGAGAACCCAUCUGCUGCUUUGACUGCAUUCCUUGUGCUGAAGGGCAUGUGUCACGGACGGCAGGCCAAAGGGAAUGUGAACGGUGUGGUGAAGACUACUGGUCCAGUGCACAGAAGAGUGAGUGUGUUCUCAAAGAGGUGGAGUUCCUUGCUUAUGAUGAGGCCCUGGGAUUCACGCUGGUCAUUCUCUCCAUCUUUGGGGCACUUGUGGCCUUAGUAGUCAUGGUUGUGUAUGUGAUGUACAGGCACACUCCACUGGUGAAGGCCAAUGGCCGGGACCUGAGCUUUCUCAUUCAGGCUUCUCUUAUCAUUAUAGUGUUGUCAUCCAUACUUUUUGUUGGAAAGCCAUAUGACUGGUCCUGCAUGGCUCGGCAGGUCACUCUAGCACUGGGCUUUUCUCUUUGCCUAGCUUGUAUUCUUGGGAAGACCAUUUCAUUAUUUUUAGCCUAUAGAAUUUCCAAGUCCAAAACUCGGCUUAUAUCCAUACGCCCCAUUUUUCUAAAAAUCAUUGUGCUGAUCUCUGUCUUAGCUGAGAUUGACAUCUGCACAGCUUACUUGGUGUUGGAACCCCCAAGGGUAUACAAGAACAUGGAAUCUCAAAAUAUAAAGAUCAUUCUGGAGUGCAAUGAGGGCUCUAUAGAAUUUUUAUGCUCAAUGUUUGGGGUUGAUGUCUUCCUGGCCUUGCUUUGCUUUCUGACGACCUUUGUGCCAGAUAAUUACUAUGAAGGAAAAUGCAUCACGUUUGGGAUGCUUGUGUUUUUUAUUGUCUGGAUAUCUUUUGUCCCUGCUUCUUUGAGCACCAAAGGCAAAUUCAAAGCGGCUGUGGAAAUAUUUGCAAUCUUGGCAUCCAGCUAUGGUUUGUUGGGUUGUAUAUUUGCUCCCAAGUGCUUCAUUAUUCUGCUGAGGCCAAAGAGGAACACGGACGACACUGUUGGUGGAAAGGUCCCCAUCAUAGACAGGAGCCAACAACUGACAUCAGCGUCUGUGAGCAGUGAGCCUAACACCACCACCGAGUCAACUGUUAUGGAUGGCUGA